AUGUUCUACUCGCACACGAUCCUAGAGCGGAAGAGCGCGCUGUGGACCUUGUGGAUCGCCGCGCACCUCGAGCGCAAGAUCAAGAAGCCGCAGAUCGAUGGUAUUGACAUCACCUCCUCCGCAGAGAGUAUAAUGUUUCCAGAGCUUCCAAUGGCUUUAAGAUUAUCAGGGCAUCUUCUCCUAGGCCUAGUUCGCAUUUAUUCAUGGAAGGUGAACUACCUGUUUCAAGAUUGCAACCGAAUGGUAACUACAAUCAAAACUACCUUUGCUUCUGUGGAAGUAGAUUUUCCAGUUGAGGUGGAUCGGGCACCAUUUGACUGCAUCACAUGGCCAUCUACUUUAAAUCUUGAUGACUUAAACCUAGAUGACAUAGUUUCUCAAAUAAAUACACCUGAUAAUCAUCAGAAGACUCUUGAUCAGAUUACUUUGUCUGAAGGAGAAUAUGUGAUGAUAGAUCUCGAUGAGGCACCAGCUACUGGUCUAUUUCCAUACAUGGGGCCUCAACCAUUUGAGUCAGGGACAUUCCCUCAGUUUGAUGACGGUCUUGGUGCAAAUAACACUCUUAGCAAUGAGAUUCCUCUAGACCCUCAUCCUGGCAAUAUGCUAGAAAACCAAAAUCCAUCAGAUGGAGCACAAGAUCCGCCAGAAAUAAUGCAGGAAGCUCCACAGGAGGGGCCUGAACACUUCAUAGAUACAGUUUUUGGAAAUGAUGACCCCAUGAACAAGGUUAUCACCCCUCAAGCAAUGGAUGGAACUUCUGCUCAACAAUUAGCUGGGAGACACAUACCCUUACGAAGUCCUAUCACAUAUGAUCUUAUUGAUGAUGUCAAGCCCCUACAUUCUGACAACCAGUUACCUGAAUUGCGGCUUGAACCAUCCCCACCUCCACCUCAAACAAGAGAGAGAGAGAGAGAGAGAGAGAUGGUGUUUGACAAUGAAAUAAUGCUUUCCAAUGAAUAUAUGAAGGCUCAAAGUAAAGGUGUUGGAUUAAAUAAGUUAGCCUGCAAGAGGAGAAAGCUACCUCAAACAGCCCUGGAUAUGUGGAAAUUCAGCAGGACCAGCAGAAAUGAAGCCAACUUAUUGCUUGAACCCUUACUGCAAGUCAGGAUGCUCCUGCUAAAAUACAGCUCACCCCAACGUCUCAUGGAUAAUGAAGAUACACUGCCUGAAGAUGAUUUGACCCUAAAAUCUCCAAGAAAUUCAGAUGCACAGCCUGAACCUCAACACACCCCCAAGUCACCAGGAGGAGUCGGUGCAGCACGAGCUGAAGAUAUGAUUCCCGAGUUCCCUCGGUUUUCCACAGUAGAUAUGCCAUGUCCAAUAAGAGAAGAUGAUUCUCCUUUCAAAACUGUCUGUCAAACUCCACAGUCUGGGUUUGGAGGGACUGGUGUCCCUGAAAUACCUUCUUCUGUCGGAACCUGUUCAUUACCUGGACAAAGUACUCCUGACUCUGAUCGUAUGGUGUCCCUGUUUCCAAUCAGUAAUGGUUAUGAUGAUCAGCCAGAGAUUCCAGGGCUCAUAAGUACUCCUGGUGGGAUAAGUGCAGGUACUGGAACCACCGGAUUAGGAAGGAUGUCUGCUAGGACAAGGGCUGUUGCACUGUUCUUUAGAGACCAUGUGGCUUCAACCCCACCUGAAGAGCAGCCUGGCAAAUUCAGUUUGAGUAGAAUAUUGGAAGGGAAAGUAAGAAAGCAAACUUCACGGAUGUUCUUGGAGACAAUGGUUCUGAAGAGUUGUGGCUACAUUGAUGUCCAACAAGGAGAACCAUAUGGUGAUAUUGAAAUCUCAAUUAGACCCUCGCUCGCAGCAGCCAAACAUUAA